UCCAAUUUUGUUAAUGUGUUCGCCACAAUAUGGUAAAACUAGUUUUGAUAAAAUUUUGUUUAUGGUAUUCCUAAAGUCAUGAAUUUCCAAUAAAACUCACUUUACUCCAAGAUUUAUGACUUGUAUGAUAUACAUUAAAGAAUAAAUAUCCAAUAAUGAAUCAUGAUAAGAACGUGGGUUCGGAAUGCGGUAGUGUGGUCGAGGCGCUCAUGUCGUCUGACGCUGAAAAGUCAAAGGCCGUUUGCAAUACUCAAGCUGUGAGUAAAGCCGCGCUUUGUCUGAGGUUUUUGAAAAAAGAAUUGAAACCUAAAAAAGAACUUAUACCUCUCAAGAUUUUUGCAUUCUUCUUCUAUGGUGGGAUGUUCACGACUGUGCCGUUCUUCACGCUGCACAUGCGGCAGGUUGGGCUCAACGUUAAGGAGGUCGCUGUCAUAUAUUCUGUCCUGCCGCUCUCUGCCAUCAUCGGUCCCAUCAUCAGCGGCAUGAUAGCAGAUCGAACAUCAAAGUUCAAAGCGGUUCUCAUGGUGAGCAUUGCAAUGACCACCGUUCUCACCCUAAGCCUCGCGUUUAUCCCGCAAGUGGACCGCACUGCCGGGACCACAGCGUUCACCUUCAAUACCUCAGGAAUCGUGGUAUCACAUCUCGACUGCCGGGAACCCCUACAGACAGAUGAACAUUUGACUUGUUCGUCAUCCUGCCUGUCAGCGGGACUACAUGAGAUGCCUCAUGGCUCUUAUGGCCUGAUCUGCAGACACUUGGAUCACACACAGCAGAUUCCUCUCGCAAGUUGUCUUGUUCCGGUGGAUGGCGAAAUGGAUUGCGGACAUGAAAUAAUAUUUUCCAGUGCUUUGGGAAAAAUGUCACCGUAUAGAAAGCACAAGAAUGACGACAUUUUCAUAGAAGAAAACUGCACUGUUCACUGCCUCGCGUCUAAAACCGGUGAUCCGUUCGAAAGUUCCGAGAUGAGCAACAGUAAGACGUUUUGGUGGUACCUGGCCCUGAGAACCUCUGGAAUGCUCUUCAUCAAAUCCAGCUUCGGUUUGAUGGACGCGUCAAUUAUGGCUGUGAUGCUGCGCACGGGCGGCGACUACGGCAAGCAGAGACUCGUCGCCAUGCUCAGCAUGGCCACCUUCCCCUUCAUCGCCUCCUGCAUCGUCGAGUCUCUGUCCAAAGGGCUAACCGAGACAGAUUACACGCCAGUCUUCUACGUGAUGGCCACCCUCCUGCUCCUCAGCAUGGCCAUAGGUUGCUUCGUGGACUUGCAUGUCGAGCACAAAGCAGAAGGCAACGUGUUGUUAAACUUUCGCAGACUUCUAAGUAGGGCAGAAGUUCUCAUCUUUCUACUAAUAAUCUUCCUAUUGGGCGCCAACUGGGGUUUCAUCGAGCAAUAUCUCUUUGUUUAUCUUAAAACAUUGGGCGCACCUACCUACAUGCUUGGUCUCACUCUGACGUUUGGAUGUUUGCUGGGUAUUCCUGUGCUCUUCGUCUCCGACAGAAUUGUUAAUAAAAUUGGACGACAUCGGGUAUUUUUCAUGGCAUUCGUGGCGUACUCUGUCAGAAUGUUCGGCUACUCAGUCAUCUCAGACCCCUGGUACUGCUUUAUUUUUGAGGCUCUGGAGGUGUUCACUUACCAGCUCAUGUGGGUGGCGGUGAUCACGUUCUGCCCUAUCCUGGCACCAAAGGGACUUCUUGGUACAAUGACUGGGAUAGCUGGAGCCAUGCACUUCAACGUGGGUCGUGGGGGCGGAGGUUUCUUGGGCGGUUUUCUCAUCGCCAACGUCGGUCUCGUGUGGAGCUUCCGAAUCUUUGGCGUGGCUGCGAUUGUCUGUGCCUGUAUCUACUUGUUGUUGCAGAACACGGUUCUUCACAAAAUCUUUGUCUCGGACGCAAAUAAAGAUUCCGUUUCCAAAAAUAACGAAGAAAAGGAUGCAAAUGCGACCACUGCGUGAGAAAAAUAACUAUAAGCCACUCACGAUAUGUGAGUGCUCUAUCGGUGGCUCAGCUCCUCUAUCAAUCUUCACGCAUUCAGCCUCAGAUUUCUAAAAUUUCUAAAGCUGAAAAAUUAUCAAUGCAGAAAAUCUUUAAUUUUUCGCUUAUUACACGUUUUUUACCGCUUUAUUGCAUGGUGUUUUAGAAAUCAUUCAAAUAAUGAUCUCGCUCGGCAGGAAUUGAUUGAGUUUUUGAGAAGAUUUCGAACUAUUCGCUAUAAUGUCGGUAAAAAUAUUGAGCGAUUGUAAUUCGCGUGCAAUAUAACUGUUUGCUUUAUGUAAAACGGAUAGAAUAUUCUGAUGAUACCUCAGAUGAGCGUAAUAUAUAUAUGUGAUAAGCAGACUUAUCUAUUGCACUGAGUAUUAAUUAACUUUAUAGACUAUAUUACUGUCGAUGAAACAUAGGUAUAAAACAGACUGAAAUUGAAAAAUCUGUGAAAUUUUGAAAUCGAAAUUUCAACGUAACUGACAUGGAAUUUACCCCACUAGAAUUAGACUAUUUGCGCAGUAAUUGAAUGAGUAUUUAGAAUUUUCCUGAAGAAGAAAUUUACGUUUUAUUGAAGCUUUGAAUGUAUAAGUUUGUUUUUGGCACAGCCAAUGAUAGAUGAGCUAUCAAUCCGGCCAGCUUUAUUCGUCUCCUUCAGUAAUCUUCAUAGGUUUUUAUCUCAUAAAUUAAGACGAAAAAAUUCCUGUCAACGAAAGGGCUCGUACAAACAGUAAGAUUUUCGUGUGAUCUUCUCAAUAAUAGGCUUAUUUAUUCUACUUCUAUAGUGAAAAAGAAAAUUAAUUAAGACAUAAUGCUCUCAAAAACUGCUCUCAAAUCUGAACUGACUGAUGAGCGGAAAAUUGAGUACCGUACCUAAAGCAUAUAGUGAAGUAAAUAAAGUUAAUGAAGGCUAAUUUGGAUGAUAAGAGCUGAUGAAAUAUUAAAUAGCACUUGUUUAAUUCGCUUAACCGCAGCCCCGCAGUUGUUAUCAUGUUGAUGCUAACUCUAAUCAUCGCCCGGUCAAGCUCUCAAGUAUAUUAUCUGAUCGAAUUAUUUGAAAACUCUCAUUAUUAGAGACUCACUAAUUUUGUGUGUGAACGAAGAUAGGUUGCAUUGAGAUCCGCAGAACUGAGGUCAAAAUAAGGAUUAAAAUAGUUCGAAUCCUACUAUCGCAUUGCAUUCAACUUUGACUUCUGAGCUUUCAUUAUUUUCUAAGGGUAAAUUAGAAUUGGAAAAAUAGAUAACGUUGCCAGGGAACAAAUUGGAAUCUUUAAUGCAAUAAAUUCCAACGUGUAACGAAAUGAAAAUGUUGUUCUUU